CUGCCACUUGCUGUGAUCCCUGCGCUGCCUUUCCUUCUCGUCAUUCCAGAUAGUCGCCACACAUCCUCAUCCUCCUCACCCUCCUCAUCCUCCUCACCCUCCUCAUCCUCCUCAUCCUCCUCAUCCUCCUCAUCCUCCUCAUCCUCCUCAUCAUCAUGUCCCCCCAGAACGUUCCUCGAGCUGUACGCCUAGCAAGCUCAUCGCGCACGUCGUUCAAGUGUGCGCUUCCCGCUCAGCUUGGCGCUUCUCGAAGAUGCAUCAGCUCCACUGCCCACGUCAGGGGUAACGAAUCGCAGGACCCAUCGCUUGUGGCGAGCGGUGGCGAAUUCAACAUGACCAAGUUCUCUCCUUUCAGUUGGGAAGAUCCGAUGAGGGUGGAGGACAAUCUGAGCGAAGAGGAAAUCUCCAUCAGGGACAAUGCGAGAGCGUUUUGCCAGGAGCAGCUUCUCCCUAAAGUGACAGAGAUGUACAGAAACGAAGUAUGGGACCCCACCAUUUUGCCCGGAUUGGGAGAGAUGGGCUUGCUGGGUCCCACAAUUGACGGAUACGGCUGCGCAGGCGUCAACAACGUUUCUUACGGCCUCAUCACGCGCGAGCUGGAGAGGGUGGAUUCGGGCUACAGAUCCAUCAUGUCCGUCCAAUCUUCCCUCUGCAUGGGUGCCAUCAACCAGUUCGGCACCGAUUCUCAAAAGGAAAAGUUCUUGCCUCGAAUGGCAAAGGGCGAAUUGGUGGGAUGCUUUGGAUUGACGGAACCCAAUCAUGGCAGCGACCCCAGCGGCAUGGAAACGGUCGUGGAGGAUGAUGGCGAUGGUCAUUUUGUGCUCAAUGGCAGCAAGACUUGGAUCAGUAGCAGUCCUUACGCCGACGUCGCCAUCAUCUGGGCACGUGCAAAAUGGGACAACCAGGUGCGCGGCUUUCUCGUAGAGAAGGGCACCAAAGGCUUCAGCUGUCCACCCAUCAAGAACAAAUUGAUGCUUCGAGCUUCUGUCACCGGCUCCAUCUUUCUGGACAAUGUGCGAGUCAAAGCUUCCGACUCUUUCUUAUCGCGCGCAAAGCCUGGUCUUGGCGCUCCCUUCGAGUGCCUCAACUCUGCUAGAUUCGGCAUUACGUGGGGAGCCAUCGGAGCGCUGGAAGCAUGCAUCGCAGAAUCGAGGCAGUAUGCUCUGGACAGGAAACAAUUCAACAAGCCCUUGGCAGGCUUCCAAUUGCAGCAAAAGAAGAUUGCGGAUGCGAGCACGGAAGCUAGUUUGGGUCUGCUGGCCAGCUUGCAGCUGGGCAGGGCAAAGGAUGCUGGAACAUGGAGCCCGGAAAUGGUGAGCUUGGUCAAGCGCAACAAUUGCGGCAAAGCUGUGGAGCAUGCCAGGAAGCUGGCGGAAAUUUUUGGAGGUAACGCGGCUUCGGACGAGUACCACAUCGGUCGACACAUGGCCAAUCUGCACGUCGUCAACACGUACGAGGGCACGUAUGAUAUCCAUGGUCUCAUUCUUGGAAAGGGCUUGACCGGCGUUGCCGCCUUUGCAUGAUAGCGUGUAGCCGAGUGCUGCAUCCGCACAUCCACAUCGAUCGACCUCUCUUCUUCACUCGUCACCUCACGCAAGCCCCAUUCUGCUCGACCUUCCAAAAAAAGACAACUCUACAACGGUAUCAUGAGCAUUGCAAUCAAAGUGUCUUUCUUCUGGG